AAUGCAUGUAAUGUUAACUAAUAAGAUUUAGAUUUAAGACAGAUAUUAUCAUUAAAUUCACAGAUGAUUAUUACUCAAAAUUUAAUAACUAUAUUCAUUUGACAAAGAUAAUUUUGUAAGAAAUAUUAAUUAAUUUAGAAAAAUUAACGAUAGAUGCCGGUUAGAUGCCUAUCCCCUUGGUAAUGUACUUGCCGAAGGGUUGUUCUAAUAUUGAGGGUGAUUACUGCUUAUUGUUUAGCGCAUGCUCAGAUUAGGGUGAAAAACGUCAAUAGGAUAUUCUCAUCUGCUCGGUACAUCAGCGUCUCUUAGUUCAAACUUUUGUAUCAUAAAGGUUUGUACAAAUAUAUUAGGGUAAAGUAAAAAGCAAUGGCAGAGCCGGAAGUUGAAGAUGUAGCGUUCUUAACAGCUAUCAAUCAUUAUAGAGAAAAUCAAGAUAUUCUGCACAAACCUGGUAUAUAUGAACAUACUGCUGUUACAGCAUGUUCGAGGCGCACCGCCUUAAUCAUGGUCUGCACUACUUUAUUCUUUAUGUUUAUGUGCUCAUUGAUAAUAGCAUAUGCUGGACCACAAAAUGAUUGUCCAUGUAUUGGUAUAAAACCUGUAUUUUUACCAGACGACGAUGGAGUUAAUCGAUCUCGUUCUAUUAUUCCAAUUGCUACAAACGGUGAUAUUUUUCCAUGGAACAACGUGCGUCUACCAACUUUUGCUAGACCUUAUAGUUAUCAUAUAAAAAUUCAUCCAAACUUAACUAGUUUAGAUGUUAAAGGACAAGUUCUUAUUAAUUUUCGACUCACACAUGAUACUGAUUACAUCGUUUUUCAUAGCAAAAAUCUUACUAUAGUUGAUAGACACGUGAUGUUGGCAGAUAAUCAUGAUGUACGUUUUGAAAUCUCUAGAAUGCUCGAAUAUUCAGCUGGUCAACAAAUAAUAUUAGAGUUUGACGAUACUUUAUCCGCAACAAAUAAUUACACUUUGUUAGUCAAGUACACGACUAGAUUAAGUAGAGAAUUAGAAGGAUUUUACUUAAGUAGUUAUACUACGAGUAAAGGAGAAAGGAGGUACUUAGCUACAACUCAUUUUGAACCCACGUACGCACGUUCAGCUUUCCCUUGUUUUGAUGAACCACAAUUUAAAGCAAAGUUUCGAAUGUCAAUUUUAAGAAAUAGAUUUCAUAUAGCACUUUUUAAUAUGCCUAUUAAAGAGUCUGUAGACGAUGGAUUGUACAUGGGAGUAGGAUUGAUGAGAGACGAUUUUGAAGAAUCCGUUGAAAUGAGUACUUAUCUCGUAGCGUUUGUAGUUUGUGAUUACCAUUAUGUACACGCUCAAACUUCACAAGGAGUUGCAGUUCGGGUGUACGCUCCGCCUGAAUUGCUAUCUCAAACAUCUUUUGCUUUGAAUACUGCCACUAAAGUAAUGGAUCACUACACGGAAUUUUUUGGAGUACCUUAUCCAUUACCAAAACAAGAUUUGAUAGCCAUACCAGAUUUUGGUGCUGGUGCUAUGGAAAAUUGGGGACUAAUAACGUACCGUGAAACUUCAAUAUUGUAUGAUGAAAAAGAGACAUCAGCCGCUGCUCAUCAAUGGGUAGCAGUAGUCGUGGCUCAUGAGUUAGCUCAUCAGUGGUUUGGUAACUUGGUAACGAUGCGUUGGUGGAAUGAUUUAUGGUUAAAUGAGGGUUUUGCUAGUUUUUUGGAAUAUCGCGGGGUAGAACAUGUAAUGCCUGGAUGGUUAAUGAUGGCUCAAUUUGUGUUGGAUAAAACUCAACAAGGUUUGCGGUUAGAUGCAUUAUCUACUUCACAUCCGAUAAGCGUCAGUGUUCAUGACCCAGUAGAAAUUGAAGCUAUAUUCGAUUCAAUAUCAUAUAGUAAGGGUGCUGCAAUUUUAUACAUGUUAGAAAAGUUUCUUGGUCUAGAUACUCUACGCAGUGGGUUAAAUGAUUACCUAAAUACACAUAAGUAUGGUAACGCAGACACAAAAGACUUAUGGAGUGUACUUAGUAAACACGCCAAUGAAACCGUUCAAGUUAAGUCGAUCAUGGAUACAUGGACACGACAAAUGGGAUUCCCAGUGAUAAAAAUAUCUCGUGAAAUUAGUUGGACGACCAAAAAUGCGGUAUCAUUCACAGCCAUGCAAAGUCGCUUUCUAUUGACUGCUGAAAUAUCAAACAAAGUGAAAAACAGAGCAGAACCAUCACCUUAUGAUUAUAAAUGGUUCGUGCCCUUGAGCUUUUACACAGAUAUCACAAGUUAUAGAGAACAGGAAGUUGUUUGGAUGAACAUGACCGACGUAAGAUUUGAAGUAGAUCAUAAAGUAAAAUGGCUAAAAGCUAACGUAAACCAGUCUGGAUUUUACCGUGUUAAUUAUGACGAUGGAUUAUGGAAUGAAAUUAUUGGCCAGCUAAAAAUGAACCAUGAAAUUUUUAGUGCUGCUGAUAGAGCAUCCUUAAUCGAUGACGUAUUUACAUUGUGUAGAGCUGGUAUUUUAAACGUAACAUUUCCUUUAGAAUUGUCAAAAUAUCUUUACAAAGAAAGAGAAUUUGUUCCAUGGGCUACAGCGCUAGAACAUUUUCAAAAUUGGAGUAAAUACUUGUCUGAAUCAUCACCUUAUAGAAUGUUUUUGGACUAUAUGAAAAGUUUACUUGGGCCAGUUGCGCGAUCAGUAGGUUGGGAGGACCAAGGAACACAUUUAGAGAAGUUAAUGAGAUCAGAUAUAUUAGCUUCGGCUGUUUUAAGUGGAAUUCAAGAUAUCGUAAAAGACGCAAAAAGUAAAUUUGACGAGUGGAUGUACGAAAACAAACGAAUACCACCAAACUUAAGAGAAGUUAUUUAUUUAGCUGGAAUAAGACAUGGGGAUGUUAAAGAGUGGAAUUUCUGUUGGGAUAAGUAUAAUCAAAGUCGAGUACCAAGUGAACGUAAAUUGUUGCUAAAAAUUCUGGGUGCUUCAAAUGAUCCUUGGCUAUUACAACGUUACCUAACAACCACGUUAGAUCCUACAAAAGUAAAAGCUCAAGAUGUAAAAAUGGUGUUAGGAGUUGUAGCUUCACAAGGGCCACAAGGUCAAUUAUUGGCAUGGCGUCAUCUAAAAGCUAAUUGGGAUAAUUUACAAGUACUUUUCGGAAACGGCACAUUCACUAUGGGUGGACUUAUUACAGCAGUCACUUCUCAUUUUUCAACAGAAUACGAUUUUAAAGAAGUUUCAGACUUUUUCCGCAAUAUUGAUGUAGGAUCUGGUACAAGAGCAUUAGAACAAAGUUUGGAAAUGAUCCAAUUAAAUGUUCACUGGGUUAAAAAAAACGAGGAUCAAAUUUAUAAUUGGUUAUUACGCAACGAAAAAGCCUAAACGAAAUAAUAAUUUAUAAUAUUUUAAAUAUGUAUUUGGUACUGAUUGAUUUAAUAUGUUAAGUUAAAUGCUUAAGACUGAUAAGGAAAUGACGAGAUAAAAAAAAAGAUUAAUUGAUUCCGUUAUUUGGUUAUUGAAUUGAAUGGACUGAUGGAUCGAUUUUAUAGGUAUUCAAUUUUUAUGCUUCCAGUAAUAAAAAAAUUAUCAAACUAAACUUUUUUUACCUUAAUCAAUACUUUAUAGUGUUAUGUAUGUAUAAAUUAGUAAAAUUUAAUUUCUUGUCUUACUGAAAUAUUGAUUGUAUUUUCGAAUUUCAGGGUUAAUAUAUUAAUCGUAAUAUAUGUAACAUAUAAGUUACAAUAUAAAAA